UAUCAAGUGUUUUUAACAUAUAAUUAUUCCCAAAUGACGGCUUCUUAUACAAAAGACAGAGGCGCUCCCAAAAUCACAAGCGUUCACCGUUUCUGUGUUAACAGACAGCAGUCCCGAGUUCGUGUCAACGACUAUUCUAGGCAGAACGGCCCGCCAGCUCUUUAUCUUCACAUACAUUUUUUUCGAAAAGUUCCUUCAACAAUAAUAUAUUAGAAAGAAUCAUAUUUUUCCUAAACUGACUGUGGUAACAAAUCCUCAUAGAUGUGGUUGUUGAAGGCGAAUCAUUCCAAUAUGAGUACAAGUAUUGACACAGUGGUAUGACCAGUUCUAUUUGACAUGCUCCGGUAUGGAUGUAUUUAUUCGUGGGGGAUGGUCUGCUUUUUUAGUUAAAGAGAAGAGUUCCAUGGGGUCACACUGCGAUGGCGCUGCUGCAGGGAAAGUCAAGUGGAGAUGGUCUGUUCGCAUUCAGUGAAUAUAAGGGUUGGAGUAGACAGGGCUAUUGAACCUUCAUUAGACUGCCUUCUCUCUUCCCAGACGGACUUGUGGUGACAGAGUCCAAGACCACCAUGACUGCUGCAUUAUACCAACAAUGUUACCGAUACUGUGAUUUUGUUCUUGCAGACAAUAGAACAUAGAACGAGACUAAUUCUCGUUCCUUUUCACGCACCGUGAAACGGCGGGUGGGGAUUCCAAAUGGUCGACACACAAAGUAACUAGAAGCUGAAUACAAACUGCCGCACGACGGCAACCCUGUACCUAGAAGGAAAGAGAACGCUCGAAGGUUUAAUUCGGACUAUCAAAAUAAAAGUCCAGAGUAGCUGAUAGACUUGGUCGAGUUGGCUUCGCCUGGAGAGAAAAGCGGUUUAUCCGUAUGCGUCUGUGCACAGGUGUGCGGAAACCAGAUGUUUUAUUUCAUAUUUGCGAUAUUUGCGUGAUGUUGUUUGCGGUGUAAGCGUGAUUUCAUUACACACCACUACCGCUCUUCGACAUAUGAAUAGUAUCUCCUAGCCUUGAUGCUCUUAUAUGUGGGCAACUCAUCUAUUUGGUCGUAGUUUUCGAAGCGGAGGGUAUUUCGGCUGGUCCUGGAGAUCCCCUCGUUGGGAGCCGUUUCCUCGUUACCUAAUCUACGAUCUACGACGACAGCAACAGCUCACGUAUACACGAAAAGUUACGAUGGCCGACGAAGUAGUGCUCCUUAACGAAAAGGAGACAAAUUCUGGACGAAUAACAGCCGAGCCUAGUGGCGAAGAUCCCCAGCAGCAGACAGCGGGUGACGGUGACAGCGAAUCGGAUAGUGGGGAAGGAUGCGAAGCCCGCAGUUUAGCAGAAAAGGCGUUCCUUCGGAAGGACGAGGCCACGGCCAGCGAUGGACUACGCGAAGGCCUAGCCGACGGAAAGGAGAAGGCAUUGCAACAGGGAUUCGACUCCGGCUUUAAACAAGGUUUCCAGUUAGUGGAAAACAUCUCAAUAUGGCGCGGUUUCGUCCAGGGUCUGAGUACUUCGAUCAAGAAACUCGACAGCGGUCAAGAAGAGAAGAAGCAACUUUAUGCGUUGUAUGGCAAGCUGUUAGAAUUCGAACAGAAGGUCAUAAAUUCGGAGGCACCUCUCGAGGAAAUUCGUGGGCAAAUGGAACAGGUGAAGAAGGAUAUUAAGACAGUGUUGAACACACUUGGAAUGGCUCAUUUGCUGGACACGAUGACGGAUCUAUGAGAAUUGGUUUUCAUUUGACUUGCAGCGUUUCUCGUUGCGUGACAUGGCGGUACUAACUUAACAGGACAGAACAGAGGCUCUAUUUGGGACACGAACGUGUCGAAUCGUAAUACUGUUGUGACCACUUCUUGAGUUGUGUGUGUGUGUCUCUCUAUUCGGGACUUGGCAGGAUGUACCUAAAGUAUGAGGUAACUAUGGAUUAUUGCUUUCACGUAUUCGGGCGUCCGGAAGACACAUUACUUGAAUCUGGUGGAUGGCGCCUAAAAGUAAGCGGAGUUAUUGGGUCUGGAUACAACUGACGCAUAUAAAAACACAGACUUUAGAUGAUCAAGCGGUAAUAGUCUGGUUAUUAGUUGCCGUCAUCAUCGCGUGCGAAGGAAGGAUGUAUAUCAGAAAAGGAAGUUUGUUUCAUAACCUCCUUAUGCCUAUCCACAUCACUCUUAAACCGUUGUACGCUCUAGGAUUGUACGUCGCCAGGCUAUGGCAGCGCCACCCAGCAGUAAUGAACAGCCGAAAACAUGGUCGAGUUCACACUGAUCACGAAGCUCUCAGACCCUGUAGAUAUAAUAUCACAUAACCUACAUACAAAUACACAAAUAAUGACGGGGGAAGCUAUGACUCAAUAAAAAAGCCUAGAAUCUGAGAAUAGCUACAUAUAUAUAUAUAUAUAUAUAUAUAUAUAUAUAUAUAAUUUUAAAGUAAAGUGCUCUAAAAACUUUAUCCUAUGAUGAACAGAACGACGUUAAUAGGUCAUACAUAAAAUACACUACCAUAAAAACGCGAAGAGUUGAUCGCCCAGAUAUUUGAAUAUUUCCUGUUUUUUUUUAAUGUAGGAAUAACGAUAACUUACUAUUCAAGUAUGCCACACCAACAACAAAAACGAAAAUAAAAAGGUAGUUCUACAAUAUUUAGACCGGUGCUACCAAAUUGAUCUAUAGCCGCUCAUUUAAGGUCGAUAAAAGUAUGUGUCAGUGGCGAAACGGAGCGGCGUAUCUGAGCAUCAUGGUCGCGUUAAUAUGAGGAAACGCUUGUUUUUGCCUAGUAGAUCCCGUCUCACGUGGCAAAUAAGUCACUGAAGUCUACCGGCUGUGCAGAAAAUUCAAUAACACAAAGCAGAUGAUCUAAAAAUUUACUAUUAUUGAAUAAGUGACUGUUAGUGAAUGGCAUGCAUAUAUCUACGGAGUAUAUGUACGCGGAGGUAGCGCAUAUGCUACUCGUGAUGUGAUUGAUUGUGUUGAAUACGACACAAACAAUGUUGCUUUCAAUUAAUGGUCCGUUUAAUCAAUGAUCUAUGAAUAAUGGAUUAUUUCAGUGGCAAAGAGAAGAAUAACGAAAAACAGCGAAAAAAUAUAACUUUAUUAGAUAUGCCUGUGGGCGCUUUGUGACGUUGUAUUGGAUUUAUGAUUCACCGUUUUAUCCUUUGAAUUCUCCGAUAGUUCCCUCUGUGUACCGGCGUACAAAUUCAACCUUAUUAUUAUAUGUUGGCCAAGCGAAUUAAACAUGCUAUUAUUUGCGAUCAAAAAUCCCACGAUCACUUGUAAGGUUUCGUUCUGUAAAGCAAAGUAAGUGAGCUAGCUAAACGAUCUAUUUGACCCAACUCAUAACCGGCGAUCUCUCAUCUGUUGCACUACGCGAAUGGGUACUUGUUUCUUGCACUACUAGUCUUAUAAAGUAUAUUACGAAAAACAAGCGCCUGUACAGUAUUCGAUAUAUAUAGCCAUAGCGACUAUUAUUAAUGAUCAAUCAUUUUAAUUUUGCAAAAAAAGAGCAAAUUGUAUAGACAGCAAUGUACAUAUAUAUACGGAGGAGCUUUAACAGCAUUGCGCUUACAAUUGUGUGAUCAUCUACAUGCAUAUAUAUAUAUAUAUAUAUAUAUAUAUAUACAUAUAUUAUAUACAUGAGAUAAAGAGAGAUGGCCUAAUAAGAAAAAUAUAUUGAUUGAUCGGUUACGUCAUUGACAUACUGCUUGAUACUGAAUGAAAAUAGCAAUUGAGUGCACCGCUGCAGCACCACGCAUAGAUUACCAGUGCUGACACGGCUAUUCGAAGCAGUGUGAAGAAAAGUGGCCCUAGGAACUAAUUACAUUAAUUAACAGUUGAAGAUAUUAUAUAAGCAACUAUCAAGAACUUUGAAAAUCCAAAAGGAAGGACAAAAAACCGUAAUGGCUGGCGUUAACCAAUUUUCACAUUGGAAUGAAUCAUUAGCACGUUUCACGGUGAGUCCACCUAGAACGCCAGCACCAGCUUCCAUGCUGAAGUAAUCACUUUUAACCUUGCCAUCCAAGUGUAUGCAUAUGAGGCGGACAGCGAAUGUUUGAGGCCGACUUCAUACCUUUAGUAACCCCUUUCAGAAACUUGGUGAAAACAUAUCAAUUUCUUCAAACUCUUUGGACUUUGGACGAAUGAACUAAAAUGAACACCUUUAUUGACAAGUUUUCAUCGCUAAAAAGAUAAAAGAAAUUUCUGUAAGGAUUCCACAAAUGACUCAUAACUUUCACGUAUUACAAAAUUAAAAAAGGAAGGACUUUGCACCUCUCAUCUAUAUGGUCUGCGCCUGUCGAUCAUAUGCUCAACAUAGAUAAACGAUAUUGUGGAAUAGUAGGGAUAUAGUUACGGAAGUACGCAUUAGACAAGAAGUAUGAAUAGGAUAUAAAAUGGGGUAUACAAAUACAUCGGGAACAAUAAUAGACGAUAAUGAAUAAUAAGGAAAUCUAAAGGUCCCGAAGAAGCGAACAAAAGUAAUCAUGGAGACGACCCGCUUUACGCCAAGAUAUCAGUUACAUCUGUUAUUACAACAAUGUUAUUUUAAGAUAAAACGCACACCCUCUCAAUAAUAAUAGCACACACCACUCUAAACACGAUAUACUGCUCAUUAAGACAUUAACCUCAUAAACAUUGCAGCAAUGAUUAUUGUUACACUUUUAGUGUUUGCAUGCUAUAUUAUUAUUAUUCCUAUUAUCAGUAUUAUUUAUUACCAUUUUAAGCAAGACAAAUCAUAUAUUUCCUUUACUUCGACGAAGGCGUCUCAAUGGGCUGAAUACUGAACAGCGGAAUGAGGCUAUCAGCAAACUGCAAAAACAGACCGUGUAUUGCGUAAUAGUAGAUAUGUGGCAUAAAAACUACACCUAUAUCAUGUAUAACCAACAAUAUAUGUGUUAUGUUACAUCUGAAAGCCAUUCAUGGUUUUCGCAAUAUACUGUCGAUAGAGAGGGGGUCAGCUGCGUACAGUUUCGUUGGUAAAUAUAUUUCAAUAAUACCUUUUCGCAUGACUGAGCUUUUCGUAUUGUCGAGAAUAUUUUGGAUGCAAGCUUUAACACGCUGUUUGGCUGGUCUAAAAAGCUGCGUGAGACUGAACAGAUACUCAAAAAGUGAACAUUAAAAAAAAAACUAACGGGAAAAUGACUGGAGAAAACAAUGUUUUUAAUUUGUUCUGCGGGUAUGGAGAAAGGAGGCAGAACGCCAGUGCUAUGUAGAACCAGUGGCAGUACUAGCGAUCCGCCUUUCGCAAUCAAGAAAGAAACGAUUAACGAAAAAAAAGGAAACACUUGAAAAGUAUAACAGUCUUCAGCUAGAUGUUUGUUACGUGCGAAUUUUAUGGGUGCCGUUAAUUGUGUCUAUGGAUAGAUAUAUAUGAUGAUAUUUAAAUGAGUCUGAUCUAAUACCUGAUAACAAACAGCCCCAGAAAUAUUGCAGUGCAAGAAGUAUACUCACAUGUUUAUAUCUGAGUACGAGUGGCAGGCAGGCUCGGUUUAGUAAUGGCUAUCACACGUAAGGAUGCUGCAGCCGUUAGGGCCAAACCAUACUAUCAUAUACAAACGGAUUCACAACAAAAGCUUAUGGGUUAGUCUAUAAGCAUGCGUUGGCAAGUCUACAUACGAUUAGCUGGCACCAGUAACAGACACCUACGAACAUCAGCAAUGGCAAAUGUAAUUAAAAUCUCACCAUAAAACUUUUUGUUGCGUAUCGUUAGUUUACGCAUUAUAUAAAGGCUAUAUUAGUUAUAUGUAAGGACAGUGGAAGGUAAAGGCCUAAGUCUAAAAUAGGCCUAAAAUAAAGGCCUAAGUAUAAUAUUAGAAAUCAUAAUUACUAUUUUGACUGAGCUUUUUUUUACACUCGUAUCGCACAGCGAAAGUAGAACAUGAAUCAAAAGCACUUUACUCACGGGGCCACACGUAAACAGCGCUAUAGCAAAACCAUGUCAGAGCGAUGUCACUGAUUGAGUGACUAACGAAGUCAAUAUAUAAUAUAAUAGCGUAUUACUUCACUAUACGUUUAUUAGCUAAAUUCUUAAUAUGAGGAAAACAAGAUAAUAAUGAUAAUGGGGCGUAAGUGAUUGUGAAAAUAAUCAUUUGCACUCUAUUAUCAUAGGGAUGAAAGGGUAGCAUAGACAUAAAUCCGGAAAUAAAUAACCUCGUUGAUAAUUUUAUACACCAAA